CUCCUCAGUCACUGGCCGGCUGCUCACAGGCCGUUUGACACCGUGUCCGCUGACCACCACGACACGUAUCUCAUCUGGCCUGCCUCCUUUUUGUUUUUUCCUAACCCCGGACUUCUAUCUUUCUUAUCUUUUACCUCAUUUUCCCCCGGCUCCCGGUCGGAUCUCCAGAGGGCGUGUUGCUGCAGCGGGAGUUUCAUCUCCUGUGCGUCGGCUCUGAGGAAUGACAGCGAGGGAACGGGACUGAGACUCACUGCCCGAACACACAAACAUGGAUUAUAAGGAGCUCGGGAAUGAUUUCGAGGAGAAACUGAAGCUGACAGAGAAAUGCAGAUGCUCCGCCUCUACGGUGAACUUACCCCGACAGGUGGAGCCUGUCAUUAACAGCAGGCUGUCCAAGUCCUCUGCCACACUCUGGAACUCCCCCAGCAGAACCCGCAGCCUGCGCCUCAGCGCCUGGGAGAGCCGGAUCGUGGAGCGGCUGAUGACGCCCACGCUGUCCUUCCUGGCCCGCAGCCGCAGCGCCGUCACCCUGCACCCCCGCAGCGACUCCCCGUCCGGCAGCCCGCUCACCUUCUGCUCCCAGAAUGCACCUCAGCGCAGUGCGGAGCGCUGGAGGGCCUCGUCCGCCAGCACGCCCGACAUCAUGCAGCGCACGCGCCGACGCAACUCCACACCGCUGGACAAGAAGAAGAAGGAGAAGAAGGACAAGGAGCGGGAGAACGAGAAGGAGAAGAGCGCUCUGAGCAAGGAGAAGACCCAGAAGAAACCCCCCACGCCCCCCGCCCCCAGCACCAUGCCCCGGUCCAGGUCCCAGACCAGCACCCCCAGACCCAAGACCACCAGGCCCCCGUCCCCAGCAGCCCCUAAGAGCAGACCCCUGUCUCCCUGCACCCCCGCCGCCGCCGCCACCGCCUCCGGGGCCCCCAAGGGCCCCUCGGGGAAGAAGAUGACCCCCACCCCGGGCACCAAGGUCCGACCCAAACGGGCCCAGACCCCCGCCCGCGUCCAGGCCCAGGCCGUCGCCGCCGUCGCCGUGGAAACUGACGGCGGGUCCCCGCAGCCGGAUGCUGAGACAAAGGGCCCAGCUGCUGUCCCCUCCAUCGUGGUCACCCCAGGGCCCAGCCCCACCCCCCCCACCACCGCCGACCCAGCCGCCACUCCCAGCGGCGACUCCGCCCCCUCCGCACCAAGCCCCACCCCCUCCACACCGAGCCCCACCCCCUCAGCUCCGAGCCCCGCCCCUUCCGCACCAAGCCCCGCCCCGUCCUCAUCAAGCCGCUCCGCUUCCACCCCGAGCCCCGCCCCCUCCACACCGGCCCCGCCCACGGGCGGGGGCAGGCCCUCGGCCGGGACCAGCGACCCGGAGGAGGCGGCCCGGACGCUGGCCGAGAAGAGGAGGCAGGCCCGGGAGCAGAGGGAGCGCGAGGAGCAGGAGCGCCAGGAGCAGGAGCAGAGGAACAAGCUGCUGCGCGAGGAGGAGAGCAGGAGCCGGCAGGAGGAGUCGCGCCUCAUGGCCCAGCAGCAGCGCGUGAUGGACGAGGAGCUGCGCCUCCAGGAGGAGAAGGAGGUGCAGGAGAAGGCCCAGGCCGAGCAGGAGGAGAACGACAAGCUGCAGAAACAGAGGGAGGAGGCAGAGGUGAAGGCCAAGGAAGAGGCGGAGAAACAGCGGGUGGAGAGGGAGAAGCACUUCCAGAAGGAGGAGCAGGAGAGGCUGGAGAGGAAGCGGCGCCUGGACGAGAUCAUGAAGAGGACGAGGAAGAGCGACGCAGGGGACAAGAAGAAUACCAAGGCCGCAAACCAGGUCAACGGCAAAGCCACCACCGAGGUCACGAAAGCACCAGAAGGCUCGCAGAACCCCCAGGAGCCAAUGAACAACGGCGCAGCCACUGUCGUCAGCCAAUCACAAGCCGUCUCCGGGACAGUUGCGGUCAACGGCGUGCAGCCCGCAGGGCACCAGAACGGCCUCUCGGCCAAUGGGGAUGCAGCUAAGUUCAGCGAGCCCAUCUUGGACUAUGAGGGAGGAGAGCCCUUCAUGAUGAAGACGGGACCCAUGAAGCCACAGCAUGUAGCAGAGGUCCUGUGAGUCUCCAGCCCCGGACGGUUGGAAUACCACCCCUGGGUGUCGCGUCGAGCAGAGGGACUUGACCUCCAGCACCCCACCUCACUCACAGACAGACACACAUACCUACAAACAUACACACACACACGCAAACACACACAGACACACACACUAGGGUUGCCGCGGUAUACUGUAUUACCGGUGUUACCGGUGUUGAGGCCAACACAGAUUACUCGGUGUUGCACACCGGCAACACCGAGUUAUUUUUUAUUUUAUUUUAUCCAGUAAUAAAAAAAUAAUUCGCCGUCAUUUUUACGACUAUUUGAUUAAAAAAAAAAGUUUGGCAGUUUUUCUUUGCACUGUUUUAUUUUUUAUGUGUUAUUUCGUAAAAAAAAUAUAUAUAUACAAACCUAAUAGAUAGAGAGAUAAAACGUUGGAACG